UAAGCCUGAAAGAGAAAAUAAAAUAAAUUUGGAAGGGCCAUUGUUUCUUUAUUAAGCAUUCUCUGCCCCUUUCAACCCAAAAAAGGAAAGAGAGAAAAUAAACUAACAAAAACAAAAUAAAUAAAUAAAAAAAACAGAAUUUGACCCUAAACAGUGUGUUUUCCCAGCAGUGAUCGUCCCCCUCCGACCGCCACUCACACACUACUCCGUUGAUACUCUCUCUCUCUCUCUCUCUCUCUCUCAUUGGUUUUUACUGUUAAACGACUAAGUUGUCUCCACUUACGACGUCGUUUCAAUCUUCUCUUGGGAUUCUCUCGCCCACAUAAUUGGCGUUCAAGUCUCUGAGCAAUUCGAUUUGCCGCCCCAAACUAGGGUUUUUACUUCAACCGGUGUUAGUUCGUCUAUACAGUUCGAGCUGGCUAUGGACUACGAGCCCUACGAUAGCAGUGAUUCUGUUGUUUCCACAUGAGUGGUAGGAGGAAGGGUGUUUUUCCCAAAAGAGCUUUUGUUAGUUAUAUGGCUUUAUUGAACUGAUGAUGAUCUUCCUCCAUCACAUCAAAACAGAAUCCCUAGAGCAGGUCGUGUUGCAGGGAAUGGAAGAUCUGCUAUGGGCUCUCUCCCAUACUCUAGGAUGUAUGGUGAAACUGACAUGGAGGCCCAGAUUCACCAGCUUGAGCAAGAAGCAUACAGUUCGGUUCUAAGAGCCUUUAAAGCUCAAGCUGAUCUCAUUACUUGGGAAAAAGAAAGUUUAAUAACUGAGCUAAGAAAAGAGUUGAGAUUAUCUAAUGAGGAACACAGAGAGCUUCUAGGACGAGUUAAUGCAGACGACAUCAUAAAGAGAAUAAGGGAGUGGAGACAAGCGGGUGGAGCUCAAGCUGGUAUGCCCAGCACAAGUCAAGCUGCUCAUGAUCCAACACCUAGCCCCACAGUCUCUGCAUCUCGCAAGAAGCCAAAAGUCUCCCAGUCAGUAGCUUCUCAAUCCUUUGGGGGGCCAUCUCCAUCAUUUCACCCACAGGCAGUAGCUGGACCCCACCAACCGUCUUCAUCCACUGCAAAACGAGGAUCUGUUCCAGGAGCAAAGGGAAAGAAACAGAAACCUGGAUUACCCGGUUCAUCGUCAAUGAAGCAAUACCCUUCCUCUGGUCCAACUGGAAGGGGUCAAGUUGUUAAUAGAGUUGCUUCUGGUAAUGUUGUAAGUGAACAUGCUGAAGGAGCAACAAUAGAUUCAUUAAUAGGGAAGAAAGUGAGAACAAGGUGGCCUGAUGAUAACAACUUUUAUGAAGCUGUUAUAACUGACUAUAAUGCUGCUGAGGGAAGGCAUGCUUUAGUCUACGAUAUCGGUUCUGCUAAUGAGACAUGGGAGUGGGUUGAUCUCUCAGAGAUAUCCCCUGAAGAUAUUCAAUGGGUAGACGAGGACACUGUGGUCUCUCAUCGCGGAGGCUAUGGUGGACCUGGUCAUGGGAUCAAUAGACCUGUAGGUCGUGAUACUGUUCCAGGUGCUGGAAGAGGUAGAGGUGCUACAAAAGGUCAACCAAGAAAAGAAUUUUUGCCAUCACAAAAUGGCAUUGGAAAGAAAAUGCCAGAUGAGAUAAAAAUACUCAACACAGAUAGUUUAAUUAAGGAGGUGGAGAGGGUCUUUGGUUCAAAUCAUCCGGAUCCACUUGAAAUUGAGAAAGCAAAGAAAGUUUUGAAGGACCAUGAACGAGCUCUUAUUGAUGCAAUUGGAAAGAUUGCGGAUAUUUCCGAUGGUGAAAGUGAUGAAGGUGCACACCAGUUCUUGCAUGGACAAUCCAUGGACUGACAAUCAUGUAACUUGGUUGGUUGGAAGGAUAAAAAAAGAGAGGAAAAAAAAUGAAAUGAAAAAAAAUAAUUACUCGGUUGGUUUAAGAUGGUGAAGAUGUGCAAUAAGAUGCCAGCUUGAUAAUGAUGCUGUGGGGAAACAAAUCCAAUUGAAAAGCCCCUUUUGUAAAAUCAGUCCUUUUUUUUUUUUUUACUUUUACAUUUUAUUUAGUGUAUUUUUUAAUUCCCCAACAUGGGUAAUUGCAUGGGUUUUGGGCUUUUAGGAUAUAUAGAUUUUUUUAGGCUAAGAAUUAUUAAUAGUUUCCUAGUUUGUCAUUUUUUAACGGUGAUAAUUUUAAGCAUAGGAACGUUUGAUGCUUUAUGUAACGUUAUCUGAUUUAGAGAAACUUGACAUGUAUUAUAUUUGCUAUUAUUGCUCUUUCUCUAAUAA